GGGGGAAGCCGACCACACACAGCCAACAAAAGGGAGGGUCAUAGCAGUGUGCAUGUAGGAUAUGAUGAAUUCAAAGUAAUCCUGUAGGGUAUUCCUGACCCUCCAUGAUCAGUGCGAGUCCCACACGGCGCGUAGGUGGUAGGGUUAGAUUGGGAAGUACCCCGUCUCACUCCACGUGAUGGUGCUGUUGAUUCCUUAUGACUUUGCUAGCAGCCGGCUCUAAUGCGAAAGGGCAACUGGCAAGCGGAGACGCGUUCGAUAGACCGAGAUUCUCCCCAUGCGUGUUCGAGGGGACCCACUUUCCUGGUCCUGCUGAAGUACUUCAGGUUGCAGGUGGCGCUAAUCACACUUUGGUUCUUUGUCGCCGGAGCAGUGACCCACCGACGAAGACAACUCUCUGGGGCUGCGGGGAUGGUUCGAAAGGGCAAUUGAUUUCCAUACGCUCUAGCCACACCUUCAGGCCACUGGACCUCACGAAAUUAGGGGCUAAGGGAUACAUUGCGACAGCUGUUGCUGCUUGCUGGGAAGCCUCAUUCAUUGUGUUCACGCCGAAACAAGAAGGUUCCCGCCAAAAAAGUUCAGAUCUAAUUUUCUCUUUUGGUUCAAAUGAUUUCGGCGAUCGAGGUGUCCCUAAACCAGCUCAGGCUGUUCCUAGUUCAGUUCCGUUGGAACCCGCUAUUAAAGGAACUGGUCUCAAAGUUACAUUCCCCAUUGUCUAUCGUAUUCUGAUGAUCUCCUCUGGGCCUCAUCAUGUUUUAGUUGUGGUGCUCGUGACGACGGUUGACGGCUUAGAACAAGAAGUAGUUUUGGGGUGGGGUGCAAGCCGGCAUGGUCAACUUGAGCUCGAGCUCAUGUCCGAUAAAGCGCGCGAUAUCCUCCAGAAAUCGAAUAAGGCCCAGCCAUUCGCUCAAACCCCUCGGAGUAUACUUUUACUACCCCAUCAGAGGCGUGUCGUGAGCAUGUCCGCGGGUCAGCAACACUCCAUAGUUGUCGACAACGAGGGCAACGUUUAUGCUGGAGGAUCAAAUCGGAAAUUUCAAUUGGCAUCGAUCCAUUCCAUCCCGGACAUUACGUCGCUAGAAUGUACCUGGAAUGGGACCUACUUUGUUUCGCGGGGCAAUUCGUCGUGGAGGGUUUACUCUACAGGAAGUGGCGUGAAGGGUCAGCUAGGACAUCGCCAGUCUCAGCCGACUACAAGCGCAUCCAUCAUGCCUUCUGUGCCCUACACAUCUUCUGUUCCCCAAGAAGUUGCAUUCCUUUUUCAACAUACCAGCACGAAGCUUAUCGGCCUCGCUUGUGGAAGUGAGCAUGUGCUCGCAUUGAUCGAGGAUGAAUCAGAUCAUUCGAACAGUGUUUUUGGUUGGGGUUGGAAUGAGCAUGGGAAUUUGGGAUUGGGCUCAACCGAAGAUGUAUGGGAACCGGUUAGAGUUUGGCCACCAUCCGACGAUGGGGGUGCUACACAAGGAUCGGUCAGAAAAAUAUGGGCAGGCUGCGGGACCAGCUGGAUUUGGGUGGUUGAGUAGACAGAAUUUUAUACAUUGUACUUGCACAAAUUAAACAAACGGGGCUUUUGCGUUGUCCGACCGCAAUGGCCCGAUGAGGGAAAUUCAUUUUCUACCCCACCAUCCACCCAAUAUACCGCCGAUACUAUACGAAGCGCUGUCAACGAU